AUGAAGGAUAUCAAAAAGGGCAAUCUCAUCAGAGGAAAGUUACGUGGUGCCGUUGCAACAGAAAAGCAUCCGUUUCUGUGUUCGAGAAAAGGGAAAGCUAAAACGCACCCUGCAAAAGUACACCACGCGAAUCCACCUGAGACAGCUCCUGCUCCCCCUCCGGAAACAGCUCCUCCUGAGACAGCUCCUCCCGAGACAGCUCCUCCCGAGACAGCUCCUCCCGAGACAGCUCCUCCCGAGACAGCUCCUCCCAAGACAGCCCCUCCUCCAUCGGCUACAAAGGCUACCACAAAACGGACUAAAAAGCAACCAGCGACGCAUAAACCUGGUGCGACUAAGAAACGAAAGCCUAAGCCUACCAAACCUUCUGUUACUCUGCCACCAGGACAAUCAUUAGGACCUAUUGAUAGUGUUCCGCCAAAAAAGGCAUAG